AAAAAACAUUGUUUUAAAAAUAAUGAAUGAAUAUUGCUGGUUUCCUUCAGAGUUUUUGUCAGGAAAAGCGACAUCGAUUUUUAAAAAAUAUGCUAUUAUUAUUUUAAAUCAGCCGUUAUCUUUAGAAUAUGAUAAAUUUUUAGUAUUAUGGAAAAAAGCAUCUUUGAAAAUAUGUGCUGAUGGUGGUGCUAAUCAACUUCAUAUGUUAUAUAAAGAUAAUCUUGAUAUUCUUCCAGAUUUUAUCAUCGGAGAUAUGGAUUCUUUGUCUAGUUGUGCUUUAGAAGCCUAUAGUUCAAAAGGUGUAAAAAUUAUAAAAAAUUUUGACAAGAAUUCUAGUGAUUUUGGAAAAUCUAUGGAUCUUAUUAACUCAAUUAAUCUUUCUGUUACAGAUGUAAUUGCUCUUGGUACAUUUUCUGGUCGUGUGGAUCAAUCUUUAGAAUCGAUAAAUCAAGCAUAUCUUGCAUCUCUUUUAACUCCUCCCAUUAACUUAUAUCUAUUUUCUGUAUAUAAUAUUACUUUUUUGCUCUUACAAGGAAUAAAUAAGAUACAUUUAGACUUAUCAAUUUUAGGGCCUCAUUGUGGACUUGUUCCGAUUGGGAAAAAAUGUAUCGUAACAACAGAAGGAAUGAAAUGGAAUAUGAAAAAUCAAGUAAUGGAGUAUGGCGGACUCAUUAGCACUAGUAAUAUGGUUUUUGAAAAUAUAAUUAUUGUGAAAACAAAUGAAAAGGUUUUAUUUACAAUAGAAAUUCGGUCGCAUGAUAAAAUAUUUUAAGA